AACUGGAAGGCCCACGUGCCCACGUGCUUCGCCCACCGGCUGAGGCAGCGGCGCUUCGGCGAGAGCGCGGACUUGCCCAACCCCACGUCGACCCCAAUCUACGACAUCCUGCUACUCUUCGUGGUCGCCGAGAAGUCAGGCCCGCAGCGGCUCAUCUUCGACGCGCGCGUCUGCUAUACACGGUUCAAACCACCUCCCUGCGCCGAGCUGCCCAGCGGCAGCGCGUUCGCCCGCGCGGAGACGCAGGGCAGCGGCGAUUCCUGGUUCAGCAGCGGCGAUAUCUCGAACGCCUUCUACACUAUGCCGGUCACCGAGGACCUCUGCGAGUUCUUCUCUCUGCCGCUUGUUCGCGCCGGGCUUGUUGGUGUGUCUCAGCUGGGCGGCGUCGCGACCAGCGCUCCGAGUUGGUUACUCCCUGAGCUCGCGAUCCCCCCCAUAGGCUGGUCCUGGUCUCUGCGCGUGUGCAAGUGCGCCCCGGAGGCCGCGCUCUCCUGGGCGCGCAUCGCCCCCGCGCAGCAGGUGCGAGACCGCAGCCGGGGCGUCGUCCUGGGGCCCAAGCCCCCUGCCGCUGGAGCCACCUACGCAGGCAACUACCUGGUGGCAGGGUCGCAGCGCCCCAAGACGCAGGCCGCGGCCAGCAAGGUCGAGCGCGAGCUGUCCUCCCUCGGCUAUGUCGUCCACGAUCAGGUCGAGGCCACGAGGGCGACUAGCUUCGCUGGGCUCGAGCUCGAUGGGCAUCGCGACUCAGCGCGAAUCUCUGCACGGCGUGCCUGGCGAUCCCGACAUGCGAUCGAGAAGUUCCUCCGCCGCCCGAAGGUCCGCGGGCCCUUCCUGGAGACGGUCGUCGGCCACUGGGUCAUGCUGCUCAAGAGGUGCUCCUUGGCGAUCUUCGGCGCUGCGUGCGCCUUCAUCCUGGCCUCGCCGCCGAGGGGCUGCCGCUUUGGCCCUCGGCGCGGCGCGAACUGUGGCAGGAGUCGGCCCGCGCCCGCGAGCACGCCUUGGGGGGUGCUGACGCUGCUGCGCGACCCCGGGAGGCCGCCGUCGGACGAGGCGAAGGACUGGGACAAGUCGUUCGGCGAGGUCGACCCCGCCCCCUUCACCCGGGAGGGCUUGGCAAUCGCGCGCGCCUUCCCCGGAACGGACUCCUUCGCCAUCUGCCGCGCCGAGGGGCUCGCCGUCGCGCCCGCCCUGCGCCCCCAGCUCAGGGCCGCCGACGCCUUCGGGAAGAGGAUCGCGUGCCUCGUCGACAACAUGUCGCUCGCACUCGCGAUCGGCAAUGGCCGAGCGGCCAGGCCCCUGAUGCCGACGGGGCGGGCACCUCAGCUCCUGCCCGCCCCCCUGGCUGCUGGAGAGGGCAUCCUGACCGCUCCUGUCCCGCAGUCGGCGGCCGCCCGCCAGCGGGGGCCCCUGCUGGGAAGCCUCCUGAUUGGCUUCGCCUGCCUCGGGCAGCUGGCCGACUACCAGAGAAGGGCCGGCGCCUUCAUCGGAUGGUGCUCGCAGCCCCACCCAGACUGGGACAACUGGGAGCAGCUGGACACGACCAUGGCGACUUACUUUGACCACCUGUACUUCCUGGCCGCGCUGAAGUUCUUUCUGCCGCCGAUCGGCCGCCGUGGAGACCAGACGUUGCGCCGCGCCUUCCGCAGCCUUGCGAAGCGGGGGAAGUGCGCCCCCCGCAGGAUGCGCGCGCCGCUACCUUGGUCGCUGGCGGCCGCGCUGCCAGGCGCGAUGCUCCACCGUGGCCAGGUCCGGCAGACGAUCGCGAUGAUCAUGAGCUUCGCCAGCCACCUCCGGCCGCCCGAGUGCGACCCGCUGACGGCCACGCAGGUCGCCCCCCCGUCGCG